ACACGAGCACACAGACGCCAUGCACUGCUGAAGUGACGGGGGCCUUAACAUUUCUCUACCGAAGCGGUCGGAAAAAUUGCAAAACUUUAUACAAUAUAUAAGAAAAAAAAAAGAAAGGAAAGACACCACAGAAAGGAAAGGAAAGAAAAAUCACUAGAGGUAAGAAAAGAAUAGCUGAACUUCUCUCAUGAGUGCACUUCUCUGGACGCGGCUCCGCUAUAUCAGAUAGAUGAUUUGUCCACACGCCUGCACGUAUCAUGAACGCCCAGCUGUCGAUGGAGAACAUUGGCGAUCUGCACGGAGUGAGCCAUGAGUCGGUCCACAGCGCGGCGGAUCUGAUGACCGGAGACGGCGCUCAUCACAGGAGCCAUCGGAGUAGUCUGUCAGCCCAUGCACGCUCCAUGGGCAUGGCAUCGAUCCUGGACAGCGGCGACUAUCAUCACCACCGUCCCCCGGAGCACCCCGGGCUCGCCACCCACAUGCACCCGGCCAUGAGCAUGGCAUGCGAGGCUCCCCCCGGGAUGAGCAUGAGCAGCACCUACACCACCCUCACCCCGCUGCAGCCCUUGCCCCCCAUCUCCACCGUGUCCGACAAAUUCCCCCAUCACCACCAUCAUCAUCAUCCGCACCAAAGGCUCCCGGGCAACGUCAGCGGGAGCUUCACCUUGAUGAGGGACGACAGGGGUCUGGCCCCGAUGAACAACCUCUACUCGCCCUACCACAACAAGGACGUGGCCAGCAUGGGACAGAGCCUGUCGCCCCUGUCGGGGUCCGGACUGAGCGGCAUUCACAACUCCCAGCAGGGGCUGCCGCCCUACGCGCACCCCGGGGCGACCAUGCCCGCCGAGAAGAUGCUCACCCCCAACGGAUUCGAGGCGCACCACCCCGCCAUGCUGGCCCGGCACGGGGAGCAGCACAUGAGCGCGUCCUCGGCGAGCAUGGUGCCGAUCAACGGGAUCCACCAUCACCCUCACGCCCAUCUGAACGCCCAGGGCCACGGGCAGGUGCUGGGAUCCACGCGGGAGCAAAACCACUCCUCCGCGCCCGGAUCACAGCUCAGCAACGGCGGCAAUUCGGGCCAGAUGGAAGAGGUCAAUACCAAAGAAGUGGCCCAAAGGAUCACCACUGAACUGAAAAGGUACAGCAUCCCGCAGGCCAUCUUCGCGCAGAGGGUGCUGUGCCGCUCGCAGGGGACGCUUUCGGACCUGCUCCGGAACCCUAAGCCCUGGAGCAAGCUCAAGUCCGGCCGGGAGACCUUCCGCAGAAUGUGGAAAUGGUUGCAGGAGCCUGAGUUCCAGAGAAUGUCCGCGCUCAGGCUCGCAGGUGAGAGAACAAUAGCAUGCAAGAGAAAGGAGCAGGAGCACAGUAAAGGCGAACGAGGGAGCAUCUCCAAAAAGCCCCGGCUGGUCUUCACUGAUGUCCAGCGUAGGACUUUACAUGCAAUAUUCAAAGAGAACAAGCGCCCAUCCAAAGAGUUACAAAUCACCAUCUCUCAGCAGCUGGGCCUGGAGCUUGCCACCGUCAGCAACUUCUUCAUGAACGCACGUCGACGGAGCCUCGAUAAGUGGCUGGACGAUGGCAGCUCCAGCUUAGCCAACUCCUCCUCCAGCACUUGUACCAAAGCAUGAUGGAGUAAUGGCUGCAUAAUGGAAAAAAAAAGACGAAAAAAAAACUUCGGUGGAAAAGCUUUAAACAAAGAAAACUUUACAAGAGACAAUUUUAGACAGCGUUUUGCCCUUAAAACUUGUACAUUAUCGAUAUUUAUAAUAUCCAAAGAAAACACCAAAGACUGCUUUGACCCUCAUUUUGGACUUUGUUCAUUCAUUUAUGUCUGACUUACUGCAAAGAAAAGAGCAGUUACACUCCAAUCACUGGUCGUACACCCAUCUCAACACACUCUGUUCUCUUUUUUAUGUGAUCGGUUGCUUUCAAGAACCUUUUCUCACCAAUGAUUGGACAUUGUCUCAAACGUGGAGUGAUUGCUAUUCAAGCUGUUGUCAGAUUAUGUGAUGUCAUCAUAUAAAAACUUGACUCGCAGGUGUAAUGCCUGAUGCCAUGCACUCACCUGUGCGUUUUUAGACAUGAAACAUAUUCAGGUGGUGUCGAAUCUAGACAAUGGUUGCCCUCAGUUUCACCCUCAGGAUAGUGCUUUCUUCCUAAUUGUUGGAAAAGUUACAUAAGAGCCUAAAAUACAUGUGCACUUGCCAUCUCCUUAUCAAUCACAGAUGGUAGAACCAAAGAAACACAUGUAUUUUGUUUGUUUUUUAAUCAGGCCAAACUAUGUUGAUUCCCCUUUCAUCAGGGCCCCUGUGACUGUUCAAAUCAGGCGACUCUGAGAACAUAUAAUCCAAUCUGGUAAUAUAAACAUUGAUUACUUUAGCCAUUAAACUUUAGUCAUCUCCUAAUUGUUCUAAAACAAAUAUUCCUCUUUGAGGACACAGCUGUGCCCGCAACCCAUUCCUGCCUCAAUCCUUUCUUGUGAUUAUUUCAGGGAGAUUUUUGCUAGCUUUAACCUGCCUUUUUUACCUGUACAAUAUUUUCAAUGUCAAUGGCUGAAGACCAAAGAUGAAUUUACACUUACCAGCACCUGCCACCCUUCAUAUCCACAUCCAUCAAACAAAAAAAUACAUUAUUUGAAUGGGUUUCCCAAAGAGACUUCUGCAUGAAAUAACUAAAGACAGGGUUUCGUCAUUAAUCAUAGCUGUUAGUUACGUCUUGAGCACAAUCUUGUGCACAUUAAAGGUGCUGUAAGCAGUGUUGGGUGUAAUAUGAUUAUAAAGUAAUUUGAAUAAUCAUCUAAUCUUUUAAUUAAGGCAAUUACUUUUAAGAACAUUAUUUGGAUUACACAAGUACAUUUAAAAUAUGAAUUCAUAAGUUUAUAUGUAUGCCUGUCUGUGUUACGUAACAGUUGAAGAGUGUACGACAACGAGCAAGAAAGAAAUAUAGACAUUAUUUUGAAGUCGUUGAGAGGAAAAACAAAAACACAAAGUGUUUUAUAAUGUAAUUUAACUCAAUUAAGCAUUCAGUAAAGUAAUACGAUCACAUAUUUAGACAAGUAGCUUAAAUAGUAAUUUUUAGCUGGCUUUAAGCAAUUUUAGCGCUUAUACUACAUUCCAUCAAACUCAGGGGCGUAGAUUCCAGGGGGGAUUGGGGGGAGGUAACCCCUCCCCCCAAUAAUCAAAACAAGCAAGUACAACACCCUGAUUAUUUAUUCCAUGAUCAAUGGAAAUAUGUAAACGCUUCACACUGCAACCCUCAAUUUUCAAGCCAAAUCUACGCCCUUGGUCAAACUUAAUUAGAUCCUGCUGAAUUGGACCGCCCCCUUCUGCUGAAUUGGACCACCUUCAAAACGCAUCUCAGCAAACCUGAAUGCUUACAGCACCUUGAAAUGUCACAUUUAUAGGAAGCCAGAUGAAAUUCAGGUUGUUUUGUCUUGGAAUUCGCUUGAAAUGUUUCACAGUCUAUCUUUUAGAUGGCAUAUUACCAUGUUUCUCACCAUGAGCUGCUCAUUUACUUAUUCUUCAAUGCACAGAAAACAUCUUGAAUGACUGGUCGUUGUCAGCGUGCUUUCAUAAAUAAAUAGGCUAAAGCGUCAUCGUAUUAGAUUAGCUUCAUUUCUCAUUAAGUCUAUUUCUUUGCCUAAUGUUCCAUUUUCACGGCAUCGACACUGCAGUGUCCCCGUCCAGGCCCAAACCCAAACCCUGGGCGGUUCAAGAGAGGGGAAGCGCAUUCUAUGCAGGGGCAGGGCCAGAAGGGUGGCACGGGGUGGCAGCUACCCCAACUCAGCUACCCCAACUCGGACCCCUCUCGCAUCCUGGAGACGGUGUGCAACGGCUUAACCCAUGUCGUGCAUGGUCCAUACCAACCGCCCAUGUCUGGGAGGACCCCUUACUCGAAUCUUGCCACCCCUUUGCCACCCCCGGCAAAAAAUCCUGGACACGCCCCUGAUUCUAUGCAUUUCACAGCUAGGAAGAAAGCAUUAUAGAGAAUGUGAUCCUGAAGCAGGGUGAUGCGACCGCUUCAUAAACAUUCACGCACUCAGACUCACAAGACAUCUGGCCUCGUCGUCUCUUGUGGUGUGGUUUAGCUUUAACAAAUGUAUUUACGACUAUUACAACAUCGAAGCAAAUGUUAAAGAGCGCUGCUUCCUCAUGUAGAAAAGAAGAAGAAAAAAAUGACAAAAACAUGUUAAGACCUGCUGAUAUUUAUAGUGUGAACCAAAGAUGCUACCUCAGUCCGUUUCCAUUCGUGAUUUCUAUCAAAGUAAUGAUACCAAAGAAUACCAAAGAUUUGUUCUCUUUUUGCACGGCCUAAAUGAAUGAUAUGGUGGAUGAAUAGAUGGUGUGUUUUCCAGCCCCCCUUUCCCUCUCUCUCCUUCACUCCUUUGCUUCGUGCUCUCUCUACAACUCAUCUGUGCUCGUAUAACAACGCCCUCGGCAGACAUGUGUUAAACUCACAGGACGAGUGCCUUGCUUGAACCAAAGUGUUAAAACGCCGUUAACCUCUCGACUCCCACCUUUUAACUCUCGGAAUACCUCAGCCUGUGGAAGGGCCACUGACGAAGAAAACAAAGAAAUACUUCUCUCACCGUGGUGCUUUUGCCAGCGUGACCAUGCAAUGAAAACAUACCAAAGGAAUUUCUCUUGCAUCUCUUCUGCUGACAAACCAAAGCCCCAUCUAAUCUGACACCGCUAGCCCCGCCCUCUCAUCACAUGUUGGUGUGUCCACCGAUUAGGCUGUGCACGUCUUUACCGAUAUCUCUGAAUACCUCAUAGUAAUAAAUAUUCACAGUUCUGUUGUAUAGAGAGUUUAUGUGAUUAAGGCAGAACUGAACUAGUUUGGUAAUCGUUGAUGUUACUGAAAAAAAAAAAAAAAAAAAAAAGAGCUAUAUGAGUAUUUGUUUUUGGCUGGUUUUUGGUUUUAGCUAAAGUGUUCCAUUUUGGUCACCAAAGGCAGGUUUCGGGGAUUUCGUGAAACUUGCAGGGAGGUUAAAAAGAGAAGCUUAUUUUUUAUCAAGACUUGUGUUAUUCCGAUACUCUUAAGGAUGUUUGACUUUCCUUUUUUUACAGGGUAAAACCAACUGCUGUGAUAAUGUGUCUUUACAUUCACGUUCUUCUACUACCGUGUUGUGAUUUCCGUUAAUUUAAUUGCAAUUUUGUAUCGCUUAACCUCUGUUUUAAUUUAUGUAUUUGUAGUAAAAUAUAGAUUUGUACAUAGUAGGGUUUUUUGGAAAAAAACAAACAAAACAAAACAAAAAAAUGGACAUUCGUUUUUAUGUUACAGCCUUAUUAUGUCUGAACUGAAGUGUAGAUAUAUCGAUGAAAUUCCAUUCCUCUGUGUUUGUAUGUUAGUUGGCACUUUGGCCCAUGUACUAAAACACAGAGAUCCAAACGAUCUGUCGCGGCGCAGAUGGAAAAAACGCAGUGUGAUGUUUUUUUUAAUUUUUUUUUAUUAUUAUUUAAAUGUUCUGAAUAGUUUUGUCUUUUGUAUAUCAAAUCAUUGUUUUAUAGGUAUUGCUGCACAUAAGAAUAUUUUUAAACCAAACCAAAAAGUGGGGGAGGGGACAAGAGAGAAAAUAGUGCAAGUUUUUGCAAAAGCACUGGCGUUUGUGAGGCAUCUGCUGUCUGCACGGGUAUGAACCAGUAGAGGGCAUAGUGGGAAGAUUUAGACAAGCUUAGCUCAACACAUUUGGGCCAUUUCCUGCUAAAUGGUACAAUCUUAGGCUGUUGGGACAGAGGGCUUCAAGUCCUGCUCACUUUGCUGAGUCAGGCACAGAGUGGGUGGAGCCUAGGCCAGGCAGCAGGUCUGCCGUGGGCGGGGCCACGUCGCUGGGUCGGGUUUUAAUAGACGUGGCACUGCCUUCUAGUUCCAUCUGAGAUGUGUCAAUUUUGGUGCAAAACCUGUGUACUGACAAUGAGCAAAGUCUAAUAAAUCUGCAAAGAAAACAGGAAUCGGUGUGUGCAUGUAUGGGGAGGGUGAAAAUGUGAGUCUUCUGUUAAGUGUGUCAUUUCUUCACCACUAGAAGCAGCUUAAAGGAUUGCAAACAGAAUGGCUAUGUUCAGAAUAGCACCCAAGCAUGCUACUCUUAUUUUCUGUAUGCAUUGGAUUCCCAGAUAACAUACUACAUUUGCAAAGAAUUGCAGUAUACAACAGAAUACACCAUACAAUGUGCAUUUCUGAAUGAACCAGCCUUGAUAGCACACGUAUAUUACCAGAUGUCUCUUUGAUGUGCGUGUUUACAUCUGGAAGACGUAUUUUUUACAUUGUUAGAUCAUCUUCAAUACGUCUAUAAGACGUAUGUCAAUAAGUAUGUCUCGAAUGUCAAUAAGACAUUCAGCAGAUGGCUUUGUGAUGUUUUUGAUUUAGAUUGUUUGCAAAUCUGAUCUUUUUAAGAUGUUUAGCAGAUGUUUAUUAAAUGGUGAUGCUUUCAAGAUGAAAAGAUCUAAAACAGACAUCUUAAAGAUGUAUGGGUGCUAUCUGGGCUCUUUUACGACAUAAUUUAAUCUGUCAAAAGUUACGUUUUUUAUUUUUUUAUUUUAUUGGAUUAAAAAUGCAAAAUAAGCAUUUUGAUUUCCUAGAUGGUUUCUGGACAUAAGGUUGCCAACUUUUCACCACACGAAUACAGGACGCUUGAAAAUUCGUAGUGCAUCAAUAGGCAUCUCGUUAGGGAUGUCUUCUUAAUAUGGGAUGUCUCGGCUUAUACGGGACAGCUGGCAACCCUGACUUAAUUUAACAAGUAACGUGAUGGGGGGCCUGGGUAGCUCAGCAAGCAAAGACGCUGACUAUCACACCUGGAGUCGCAAGUUCAAAUCCAGGGCAUGCUGAGGGACUCCAGUCAGGCUCCCUAAGCAACCAAUUAGCCUGGUUGCUAGGGUGAGUAGAGUCACAUUGGGUUAACCUCCUCGUGGUCGCUAUAAUGUGGUUCUCGCUCUCGAAGGGGCGCGUGGUGAGUUGUGCGUGGAUGCUGCGGAGAAUAGCAUGAAGCCUCUACACGCGCUAGGUCUCUGCGGUAACGCACUCAACAAAAAAAAAGAAGUAACCUGAUGAGGUCAUGUAACAACAGUGCACCUUACUGUUUAGAGCAAUUAUUAAUAGGUGUACACCCUAAUUUUGGUCAAAAUGCGAGACAUCCUGGUUAAUACAGGACAGUUGGCAACCUUAUCUCAACAUUGGUUUAGCCAGUGUUGUUUUCUCUGGUCUAAACAAAAUAAAAAAAUUAAAAAAACAGACUGCAAUUCCAUCUGGUGCCACUAGUGGCACAGAAAACACACUUCAGCUUUAACUUUUGGGUGCAUGUGUUUGUGUCUGCUCCGCAUGGACGAUAUGACUUGGAAACAUCAUGGAAGAAUGAUGCAGUCAGAAUUCUGUCCCUUAUAUAAGCAGGACUGAAGAUAAAGCCAAUGAUAGCAGAGCUUUUCGUCUCGUAUGCUAUGCUGUACAAUCAGAAUGGUUUCAUUUGUUGCAUUAGUUCAAGGUUUGCUGGCCAUGGGUUUCCUACAGUAUGUCACACAAGAGACAUCGGAUAGAUGAUCCAAGUGCAGUGACUUACAUGGAGCUGUGUGAGUGCCGUAUAAUCAAGUCAAUAUAACAGUCGAUAUAGAGUGGCACAGCAUCACAGCAGCAUUCCUCAUCAGAACACACGCCCCUUUUCCACCCAAACCCUAUGCUCUGUCCCCGAUCCACCCCCUAAUGUAAUGUCUGGCUUAGAUAGCUCGAUGUAUGUGAAUGUUGGGAUUGCUCUAAUCAUUAAUUCCUAUCCCAGUUGGUUGUCGUGGAAAAGGAGUUCCUAUUUGAUAGAAGGCUUGGCUCUGCGUGCCGUAUAAUACUGAGAGCGCCUAAGACAAUCAGCUGGAAAACUAAAUCAUGUUUUUCAUUUUGUAAAAUAUUUUUUUUUUUUUUUUUUUUUUGUGGGUCCAAGAAGGACUACUUCGGCGCAGAUUAUUCUAAAGAAGGAGGAAGGUUUUGAUAAACUGAAAAAUAAACUUGCUGACAUUUUCUUUUGCAAAAGUAGUGCUUGUUUCCAUUUCAAACAGUGCAUCUUGUAUCAAGUUGGUUCUGUUUUAACACCUUUCAUUCUUCUCUCUCUCUGCCUGUUUUUUCUCUGUAUGUUGUGUCUUUUUCAGUUGAGGAAUGCAGUAGGUAUUACUCUCAGGUUGUAAUGCGUCAUGCUCUUCAUUUUAAACUCUGAUCUAUUAAACUGAUUGUUUUAUUUCCUCUUUCCUGUUAGCUACUGUUCUCUAUACCGUGCAAUAUCAUCCUCUGUGUUUGCUAAGCAAGAAAAAAAAAAAGACGCAAGUAAUGAUGUCACCAUGCUUUUUUAAGUGUUAAAAUGUUUCAGCAUUUCUGUAGUCAUGAAAAUGUAGAAAAUAAAAAGGUUGGGUUUUCCAGCAC